AUGUCCCUUCCAAACGAAAUGAUGAUAGAAUCCCUUUGGUUCUGUGCUGCCAUAGACAUUCUCCAUGUCCGCCUCCUCAACAAGUUUCACAGGGAACUUGUCGACAAAUCUCCAGAGCUUCAGCUCAUCAUCCAACUCGCCAAAGAUGGCAUGGCGCCGGCACAUCGCGCAAGCUCCGCGUCGAUCCACUCCAUGCUCACCAACUGUACCAUGACCCGCCGGAGAUGGAACGCACUUGCACCUUUGGACCCGGUGUUAUCCCCACCAACGGCUCAAGACUUUAACAUCUACGAGUUUGGCGGCAGUAUUCUGGCGUAUUGUACUACUUAUCCCGGCGAAUCUGAUUGCGUGAAAUUCAUCUCACUGGAUCAUCCAAAGAAGACGCACUUGCUCGUCGUUGUCGAGGACGCUGCGACAGACUAUCCAGUACACUUGAUGAGCAUGCAGACUGGCGAGUACCACCAUCGUGCCGCCACUCGGAUCUUCCACAAUCUGAAUGUCGCAGGGUAUACAUCACCUGACAUUGCGACAUGCAUAUCCGGGGAUAUCAUAUCUUUUGUUUACUCGCUUACCGAGGCUAGAGCCGAAAUAGGUGUCGCUGUCGUCAACUGGGCCACUGGGGCAAUUCUCUUGAGUUGCACAUUCAUCGGCGCACUCCAUACGACAUUGCUCUCGUCGCGCUUCCUCAUAGUCGCAUUUUGCACCACUACCGUCGCACCCGACGACGCACACCUCAAACUUUUCGACCUCGAAACACCAAGUCCACGAGAUACAUCUCUCGUCCUUCGUCUCCCAGCCUUUACGCAACAUUCGACCCGUCGCUACUCUGCAUCCUACUUUCUCCACGGCUCGAACAACGCCAUAUUAUCCCAACGCACUGAUGGAACGAUGAGAACGGGUGAACGUGACAUUGUAACGCUCUUUAUUAAGGCCACCACCGUCGACUCGGAUGCCGUCGUUCGCAAAAUGCUCGUGUUCAUCUCACGCGCUCGUUUACUCUCAUUGGCAUUCGAGUGGUCCCAAAUGCCACAUCAUAGCCGCCCAAAGAGACACGUUCUGGCCUAUGAGACGUGGACAGGCCACGGCAAACAUACACGGUGGAUUGACAUUCUCGGGGUACGGCUCAUGAGCCACAAGAGCAUCUAUGGAUCCAAGUGCGUUUGCUUGGCUAAUCCAGCCGAUAUGGGUGCGAUAUUACCGUUGGGUCAAGAAGGGAAUUCGACAGAUUUAUGCGUGCUCGAGUUUAACGUAGGCCGCGACCCUACUCCAUCGAAUCCGGCAGAAAAGUCGUUUCUGGUGCGCUCGACGGACAAAGAUGGAUGGAUCACACGCGAGCUCGAUCAAGAUGUACGCGGGGGGCUGCCAUUUCGGGUGCGUUGGACGCAGAUGGAUAAUGCAGCUCAAUGGCAAGACCUGUUCGUGGAUCAGGAAUACCUGAUGGCGAGAUUGGAUGAGGGCUUUGCAAUUUAUAGGGUGUAA